UGGUAACCAAAACAAGGACGAUAACCCUAAUGUCAUUGUAGAUGAGGAAGAAGAACGGACAUUCCCAAAACAUAUUUUUGCAGUGUUUUCUGCUUCCUUGACCUGGAUUUGAUGGAAGAAAGUAACGAGGAUGCUGGUUCAGCUGUAAUAGCUACUUUAGCUACAACUACAACCGCAGCUGAUGAGGAAAAUGAGAGAUACUUUGAAAUUCUUCAGAAUUAUGAAUUGGAAAGAUUGCAGAAAGAAGCAGAAGAAAAGGAAUUAGAGGCGCAACUGUUGAGAGACAUUGAACGUGCUAAAACAAUGAGCCUUCAAGACGAAGAACUGGGGGAGAUCGUCAGUAAUGGAUAUGUGGAAGACAGUGAAGAAACAGUGAGGUUGUAUAUAGACGGACCAGCUAUGAGAGUUCUUAACACCAAUAACAACAGUACUAACUAUGAUGACAGAAAUGUUGACUCUGACUCCGAUGUUGAUACACCUGCAAUUCAAAGAAGUAACGGCCUUGAAGAGGAUGAGGACAAUUACGCAUAUGAAUUGAGAGUUCUUAAAGAACGGGGAAUACUUCCGGCUGACUUUAGUGGUGGACAGAAUAGGGAAGAUUAUGCACAUGAAUUAAGAGUUCUUAAAGAACGGGGAUUACUUCCAGCUGACUUUAGUGGUGGACAGAAUAGGGAAGAUUAUGCACAUGAAUUAAGAGUUCUUAAAGAACGGGGAUUACUUCCAGCUGACUUUAGUAGACAGGAUGAUGAUGAUGGUGAUGAUAAUGCCCAUGGAUUACUGCCCGUUGACUUUAAAGAACCAGAUGAGGCAGAUUAUGCAGAUGAAUUAAAAGUCCUUAAAGAGCGUGGAAUAGUCCCGUCUAAUUGGGGAGACCCACGUACACGCAACAGGUGCCUUGGUUCUCCAGCUGGACGAAGAGGCCAGGAUAGAGAUAAUAUUGAGGAGAAUGACCUGUUUGGUGAUGGAGUAGCUAGUUCCUCUGUAGCCUUGAUGGAUAUUCAUCAUCCUUUUCCCUUUGACCAGGAUGGAAUACCUGUGAACUGGUACAAGUCCAAUAUUCCCGUGAACGAAUCCGGCCAGCUGUAUACACUGAAUCCACUGUUCCCUGGCGAGGAUGAGUACGAAACUAUUGCUACGGAUUUCUGUUUGGCAGACUUGGAGGUCCUCAAAAUAGAGAGGUUACAAAGUCUCAUUUUAUUACGGAGGUUCAGACAGGAGCAAGAGCAUUUGCUGGAAAUGAGACAGUCUGGAUUCCAGCUGAAUGCCCGAUACCUGUAUCAUGGUACGACCGUUAAUAAGGUGCGGAUCUGUGAGGAGGGUCUUGACGCAAGACUCAGUAUGACUGGAUGUUUUGGCAGGGGUAUAUAUUUUAGCGAUAACCCAAAGAAAUGUAUUCAGUAUGUUAAGAGAAGUGCCAGCAAUGAUGGUGAAGAUACAUUCAUGCUAAUGUGUCGAGUUAUACUCGGUCACGCCAAGGAAUAUCCAAAAGGUGAAAUGGAUAGGACACUGAAGCGAGAACCCGAGAAGGAAACACCUACCGGUGGGUGGAGAUUUUAUGACUCUGUUAAGGGCUGUCCAAUUGACUUCAAUGAGUUUGUUGUUUAUGAGAACCGUCGAGCCAUGAUCGAAUAUAUCAUAACGUUCCAACGGGCCGAGAAACCGUUUGACCCUGAGAAUAGUUCCAGCAAGUCAGUCACAAAGAACAUUCUAGAUUUACCAGCAUCGUACAAUUUUGUGGAGGCGAUGGAAGCCGGAGCAGCAGCAUCAUUAGAAGAAUUAUGUGCCUCGGCUGCCAGUAUCGAGUUUGACAGUCCAGACGAUAAGGAAGAUUAUAUCAGAUUUAAAAUGACCCCUGAAUUGUGGGAACACAUGAGAAGAAUCGAGGCUGUGAGAGAAAGCGUUAGAAGGAAAAGGGCAGAAGACAGAGGAGAACAUUACAAAAAUCCGACAAAAGAACAGAAAACAAGAGAUCGAAUAAUGUGGAGGAAAGUCCUGAAAAUGAACAGGCUGGAGGAUGAAGUAAUCCUGCCUGGACCAACAUCUACUGGCACAAAUAACACAGCCACUGGCACAAACAACACAGCCACUGGCACAAACAACACAGCCACUGGCACAAACAACAUGUCAGCUCCCACUACUGACCCAGAAGAGCAUCCUAUAAUUCCCACAGAACUAGAUCUCGACUCGGUCAGACAAGUGGAGGACUUGCUUAUUACCGACUUUCUCAGUGUCACGGCAACAGAUGAUCGUGGGGUGGCCCAGCUAUUACUGGAACGGUGUGCUAUGAACCUGGAUCAAGCUAUUGCUCUUUACUUCGAGGAGCAGUCGUAGAAUGGUGUGUUGUGCAACUGAUAACGGUCUGCAGCAGAUUGAAGACUUCACAGGAGGGCUCAUUGCACAGUCAACAAGUGUGCUUAUUGCUGGUACUAUGGUCAGGGUUUUGACUGCAAAUUCAAGUGUUGUGGAAGUAACAUGCUGGUUGGAAUUCAAGGUCAAGUUCAGGUUAAUCAGCAUGGACCACUAUGGGUAGAAACCUGUAGGAUAGUGUUUGAAGGAGACGGCGGUGGUCAGUGGUGUCCUGAAUGUGUUAAUUUUUUAUUUUUAUUGGCUUACACAAGAUACAUUUACUGCAUUUCUAACUUCAUAAACGGAGGCAGUCCUCGAAGUUCAUGAUACCACGACAAAAAACUGUUGCAAAAUUGAUGUGCAAUGGCAUUUUUAUCAUUAUUGGAUACCAUAUUUACUUUGUGAUAUCUGUACUCCUAUCUUCAUUUACUACUAAUGAUUGAGUUCACCACAUUUUUACAUUUUUUAAAAGUGUAGGAGUCUGCACUAAAUUUUAUCACCAAUUGUUGCACAUUAAUACAUUCCGCUAUUGGUUGAGAUGGGUUUUGUGACAUGGACAUGUUGACAUAUGUCUUGGACAUGUGACUAAUUGGGCUUCCAAAUUAACAUUUACAAGUAGAGGGCUUUUUUUUUUUUUUUCGGUACCCAUCCAUUUUAUUAGUGUGUUCUAGAUAGAAAUCUGGAACUCAACAUCACUUGUUUAAAGAACAGUGAUAUUCUUAACAUGAUCAAGUAUUUGUUAUUUUAUUAUUACUUUUGAUGAUUAUAUAAUGACAACAAUCAUUUUAAUGUGGUAGUGUUGGAAAAGGGCGCUGUCCUAAUACUAUCAUUCAUGCUGAUCAGCUUCAUUAGUGGCAGAGGAUAAGGAACCAGGUGGGUACGUGUAUGUGGAGACUGUAACCAUGGAAGAAAUAAAUAGGUAUGUGGUGGUGUGGAUGGCUUGGAAGAUGAUUUGGAGCAGUGUGACAGAACAAGAUGGAAUCAGAUUCAAAAAUGUUAAAAAAAAUUUUGGAAAGUCCGGUAAUGGAGAAUAAGUAACAAGCUACAAAUAAUUAGAGAUUAUCUGUCUCUAGUGAAUCAGUGUUGUAAACCCAAGGUUUUGGAAAGUGUUUACAACAUUCACAAGGGACAGAUAAGUCAGGACAAGUUGGUUAUUUUUUUUAAUUCAUUAUCCUAUUUAUUUACACAGUCACUUUUAUCUGUUUUUAAUCUAAAAGUCCCUAUGCUGUCUGAAGUAGUUCCCGCAGCUAUUAUGAUUGAUCAACCUACGGUUUGGGAUCGAUCACUUUGGGCCAUUUCUCAUUUCUAGCCAGUGCAUUAUGACUGGUAUAUCAAAGGCCCUGGUAUAUUGGUGUGUUUAAAACAAAAACAUAUUUUAACUUAAAUAAUUAUGGUUUUGCCUAGAUAAACGAACUAGUUCCAAAAGAUUCUUAGCUUUUGUUGAAAUAGAGUAUGCUGACAAAUAUUUUGGACUGCAGCACUUGAGUAAUUAAUACAGCUAUGUUUUUUAUAUCCUCAAAAUGUUUUGUAAUUAAGGAUUGUCUGUUCUUUCUUUUAAGUUCAUCGGGGUAUGAACAAAAAAAAUUCUCACAUAAGUUUGCAGAUGAUUUUUGUUUUUCAUACCCAGAUGAACGUAAA